AUGUCGGAUUUAUUGGACCUAAACUUUAGGACUGUCGAUGGGAGGAAUUUCUCGCUGCAGUUGCCGGAAGACUUGGAGAUUUCCGCCUUGCUAGAAUUGGCUGCCGAAGCUCUGCAGCAGCAGCCUGUCGUUACACCCGGUGCCGAUUCCCCUGGUGCUGCUACAACGUCAGCGAGCAUCCGACUCAUCUUUAGAGGGCAGGCGCUGCAGCCAGAGCAGCAACUGCAGCACUACCGCAUUCAAUCUGGGCAAACCAUUCAUGUCGUUCAGAGACUCGUGACGCAACAGCAGCCGCAACAGUCGCAGCAGCAACAACCGCAGCAACAACAGCAGCAGCAGCAAUGGACGCCGAUCCCACUGCCUGGAGGCGGAGCUUUUGUUAUGGCUCCUGGACCUUUCGUUGGUGAGGGGGCUGACGGGGAUCCUCCCUCUCCCCGCCAGUUGGUUGGCGGCUUUCAGAGGAUCGUUAGCACGGCGCUUUCCUCGAUGCAGGAGGCUGCUGCUGCGGCUCAACUCCGCUUCCAGCAGCAGCAGCAGCAGCAGCAGCAGCAGCAGCAGACCUUUCAACCUCCGGGAGAGUCUGCUGCCCUCCAGCCGCAGCCUCUUGAUCUCGCAGCAGAGACACCCCCAGCACGCUUGGAUUCUUUUUUUCACGGAUUUCAAGGGGAGCAGGGUGUGUGUGUGUGCGUUCUGACUGCUUCAGCAGGUACAGAGCCACGGCUCUCUGCCGAGCUCGCCAACGCUGGCGAUGCGCUAAUUGGUGCUGCUGCUGCUUUCGGCCGUGGCGUGACGGGAUCUUUCGCAGCCUCUACCGAAGCAGCGUCAGCAGCGGCAACAGCAUCAGCAGACGCUCUGCCAUGGGGAGCUCUGAACAAGCUGCACGAGGCACUCACAGAUGCUACCGGAUGGGCUCCUCCUCAGCAGAGGACGGAAAGGGAAAGAAGAAGCGCAAGGACAGAAACAGGUGCAGCAACUGCUCCUGCUGCAGCUGCAGCUGCUGCAGCUGCUGCACCGAGGCAGCAGCAGGAGCAGUUGCUGCUUCCUUUUCUCUCCGAAUUCGCUGCUGCCACAAAUGUGCUGCUGGCAGUGCUGCAGCAGAUACAGCGGUGGCAGGAAGGCGGCAAUGCGCUAACCUCCUUGAGACUGGGGCAGGCUGCACGUGCCACUGGCUGGCUUUCUGCUGCAGCAGCCGGGCUGUCUAGACACCUGGCACUACUGCCACUGCGGCUUCAGGAUCAGCAGGAGCAACGGCAGCCACAGGAAGUACAGCAGCAGCAGGAAGUGCAGCAGCAGCAGGAAGUGCAGCAGCAGCAGGAACAGCAACAGCAGCAGCAGCAGCAACAGCAGCAGCAGCAGCAGGCCCCACAGCAGCCACAGGAGCAUCAGGUUGCAGGUUUGAUGCAGAGCCUUGCUUCCGCUUCUGCUCCUCAGCAGCAGCCAGAAGCAGCAGUUUCAGAUGAGGUUGCUGCCCUAGCAGAGCUGCCUGCAGAAGCUCAGAGACUCUUUCGGCUGUGGACGAACGACCUUCGCGCUUUCUCCAGAAGCGUCCUUCCCCUCGCAGCGCCUCGACCUUUUAGCUACGCGUACACCUCGCAGACGCAAACAUCCAACACGGAAGCAGCCAGAGCAUUUCUUCCUCUCAGGUGGCAUUCUGCAAUGAAUCGCAUUGGAGUAGCCGAUCGGCAGGCUCCUCCUCCGAGAGACUUGGAAGAGCCGUAUUUGCUGCUGCUGCUGAGGGACCUUGCAAGUGCCGCAGCAGCCAACCCAGAUUUCUUGGAGCAGCAAGAAAGAUACCCUUGCCUUGCAACACACACUGCCGGGGAAUCCCUGUUUCCGCACAAUGUAGGUUAUCCCCCCAUAGGAGCGUCUCUCUCUUACUCUCUGAAAGCCUUUUGGUGGGGUGCCACUCAAGCUGCUACAGGAGGCGAUCCGCGCUCUUUAUCUGUGGCUUUUCGCCAACCCCUGAUGUGCUGCUGCUGCUGCUUGGCGUUCGGGGGGAUUGCAUGA